CGCUCGUUGGAUACCAGCACAGCGGCAUGCAUCUGGAUCUCGGUGCGAGAGAUCUACGUUCUUCUCUCUUCUCUCUUCUUUCACUGUUCGCUCCUCCUCGCUCGCUCCGCUCUUCGCUCCUCGCUUCACCGCCACUUCUGAGAUCUCACGCCCGUCAGUGCGCCCGUCGCCAAUCUCAGUCUCGUCUGCAGGCGACUACUUCUCACCUCUCAUUUCUCAUCCUCACGUCCAUCUCUUCCCAUCUUCAACAUGCUCUACCUCGCCUUCGCCCUCGCGCUCCUCACCCCCGCUCUCGCCGCCACAAUCGAGUCCGUCAGCGUGCCCGGCGUGUGUCUCGAACACCUCCUCGUCAACGACCAACACACCCUCGUAGUCGAGGGCUGCUACGACCGGCCCGAGUACCAGUUCGAGCUGGUGCGCGGCGCGACCCGCGUCAAGUGGCAGGGCGGCGACCUCUGUCUCGACGCCGGCAAUGCUCCUGCGAACGGCCAGCUCCUGACUUUCCAGCCAUGCAACCGCCGCGCGCCCGGACAGGCGUGGUGGCUCACGGACGACGGCCGCAUCGCGCUCCAGGACCAGGGGUUCUGCGUCGACCUGCCCGCCGGCACGGGGGAGAACCAGGACGCCGUGCAGAUCUGGCGGUGUGGCGACGGGAACAUCAACCAGGCGUGGGUUGUUGGGGGCGCCGGCGCGAGCGCGUGAGUGGGGAGGUGGGGACACAAGCUCUAUAUUGUUGUGUGUAUUUUAGGCUGUGCAUUG